AUGUUGGAAGGACUCGUCGCCGGCCUUCUGAACCGCUUCUUGGGCAUGUAUGUCAAGAACUUCGACCCAACACAACUCAAAGUCGGUAUCUGGUCUGGUGAUGUCAAGCUCCGAAACCUCCAGCUGCGCCGCGAGGCUCUCGACCAGUUGAAGCUGCCCAUCAACGUUGUGGAAGGCCAUCUGGGAGAGCUGACGCUGGUCAUUCCGUGGUCCAAUCUCCGUGGCGCACCUGUAAAGGUUUUUAUAGAAGAUGUUUUCCUUUUGGCGAGCCCAAAAGAGGAAGCCGAAUAUGACGAGGAAGAGGAGGAGCGCCGGAGGCAGAGGCUCAAGAUGGAGAAGCUGGACAGCGCGGAAUUGCUUAAGGAACGAAACCGAGAAGGCAUGAGCCAAGAAGAGCAAAAGAAGACACAAAGCUUCACCCAAAGUUUGGUCACCAAGAUUGUUGAUAACCUGCAGGUCACCGUCAAGAACAUCCACGUGCGAUACGAAGAUUCCAUUUCUGCGCCAGGACAUCCUUUCGCGCUGGGCUUGAUAUUGGAAGAGUUUAGUGCCGUCAGUACCGAUGGCCAGUGGAAGCCGACCUUCAUUCAGGACUCCGAUACGACAACCCACAAGUUGGCUACCCUUGGUGCAUUGGCUGUGUAUUGGAACACAGAUUCAGACCUGUUCGGAACUGGCCGCGAGGCGUCCUCGCCGCUGAAGGAGCCCAUGUCGCACGACGAAAUGGUGGAAAAGUUCAAGAGUAUGGUUGGUAAGGCUAACGCUCUUGCCUCCGACCAUCAAUUCAUUUUGCGACCCGUCAACGGUCGAGCAAAGAUUGAACUGGACAAGUCUGGCGACACCCAUGCGCCAAAGUUCAAAGCCAAUUUGCUUUUCGAGGAAAUCGGUCUUGUUCUGGAUGAUGAUCAAUAUCGCGACGCCCUAAUGAUGGUGGAUUUGUUCCAUUACUUCAUUCGUCACCAGGAAUACAAGGCGUUGAAACCAAAAGGAAAGCGGCCCAAGGAGGAUCCUCGUGCCUGGCUUCUCUUUGCUGGUAACGCCGUCCUGAAUAAGAUACACGACCGUAACCGCAAGUGGUCAUGGGACUAUUUCAAAGAGAGACGCGACGAUCGACUGCGGUAUAUUGAACUGUUCAAGAAGAAGAAACAGCAGCAGCAACUCACGGCAGCCGAGAGCGGGGAUCUCGGCAAGCUUGAAUGCAAAUUGGCAUAUGAGGACCUCCGGUUCUGGAGAUCGUUGGCGCGAAAUCAACUCAAGAAAGAAAACGCUGAAGCCUUAAGGAAGCAACCACAGCAACCCCAGCAACAAGGCUGGGUGGCCUGGAUGUGGGGAUCGAAGCCUCAAGGCACAAUAGAACAAAAUGAAGAGAACACCCAAAUGACCGAGGAACAGCGAAAGGAGCUGUAUGAUAUGAUUGAUUGGGACGAAAAACAAGCACUGGCUGAAGAGGUAGAUGUCCCGAGGGAGGCUGUCAAGCUUUGCCUUGAGGCCUCUCUCAGCACUGGCAGUUUUACAUUGAAGAAAAGCCCACAUGAUGAUCCCUCCGAUCUGCUGAGUCUUCACUUCGAUGUUUUCAAGGCAAAGGCUCUCAAGCGCAAGGAUUCCGUUCUGGCCAACGUCAGUCUUGGAGGACUGCGAGUUAACGAUGGUACAACGCCGGAUAGCUUGUACCCUGAAAUCGUCCGCGUCAAGGAUGCUCCUGAGACGAGAAAACGAAAGAGCCUGUCGCUGAAGGAGCUGGAAAAUGACAAAGAAGAGCCGUUUUUCCAGUUCGAAAUUGAGCAGAACCCAAUAGAGCGCGAGGGCGACUUUGCGAUUGUCGGGAAACUAAAACCGCUCGAAGUCGUAUGGAAUCCAAACUUUGUUGUCGGUAUUGUGGAUUUCUUCCGCCCUCCAGAAAGACACAUGGAAUCCAUUACAGCUUUGAUGGAAACAGCCGGCGCAACUGUCGAAGGCAUCAGGGAGCAGACUCGUGCAGGGCUGGAAUUUGCUCUUGAAGAACACAAAACCGUGAAUGCCGAGCUGGACCUGCAGGCACCUCUCAUUAUCGUGCCUGUGAGCAUUACAACAGCGAACUCAACCUGCUUGAUUGUCGAUGCUGGUCAUAUCCACGUCAACAGUGAAUUGGUUGAUAACAAGACCAUGAAGGAGAUCCAGUCCAAGCAGCGACAAUCCUACAGCGAAGCUGACUUUAAACGUCUCGAAUCGGCAAUGUACGACAGAUUCAUUGUCAAGCUCACAUCAACUCAAGUACUCAUCGGUCCGUCAAUCGAAGAAACCAAGAAGCAACUGGUCAAGAAGAGUGAGGAUUCGCAUUUGCAUGUUGUCGAGCAAAUCAACGUCGAUUUCGUCGUCGAAACGUCGAUUCUACCCAAAGCUCCAAAUCUCACGAAGCUACGGGUUUCUGGUCAUCUUCCCAUGCUGCAUGCGACAGUGUCUGACUCAAAGUACAAGAAUCUCAUGAGAAUCAUUGACGUGGCAAUUCCAAAGUUAGGACAAAGGCAGCAAUUAGAGUCUUCAACUGAGAAUGUCCAAAAACCGCCACAACGACCACGACUUCUCAGUGCCAAUUCAGCACGGUCACGAAGAAAGUCCCAGCGAGAACGGCGGCAGUCUUCAGCAUUCCCAUUUCUGCAACCGCAGACGGCUGUGAUACUCGACGACAUCGAUGACGAUGAAGAUGACUUCGAGGACGCGACAGAUGGAGUAACAGGGGAGCGGCUUAAAAUCCAACAAAGGAGCUUCGAAUUCAACUUCAAAGUUGAUACACUCAAAGGCUCGCUUUAUAGAAGUGACCCAGACCGAGUCAAACCAGACACGCUUCUAGUAGAGCUUGUGGCUGAACGAUUCGACCUCGCCUUCUAUACGCGAACGUAUGAUAUGGCUGCCGAAGUGUCCUUAGGAUCCGUUGUUGUGGAGGACUUUGUCGAAAAUCCCUCUGGAGAGUUCAAGUCUAUUGUGUCUUCGGGCGACAGCGAAGAUUUGAAAGCAGGACGAAGCCUCGUUCAUGUGAAGUUCAUGAAGAUUAAUAGACAGUCACCCGAGUUCAUGCCAGUAUAUGAAGGGGUGGAAACCAACAUCACCGCUGUUGUAUCAACCAUCAACAUAGUUGUCACUCGUAAGACGCUUCUGACGCUUUUAGACUUCAUUCUCAUGACCUUUACGGGUGGCAACAAUGAGCAACAAGCUGCUCCAGUACCUGCAGUUGAAGCUGCGGAAGAAAAUGACACGCCACAAUUGGAUGAGAGUGUUGUUGAAACCGCAAAGCCUAGUGAGAACUCCGGGUCAAUACGUGUCAAGGUUGAUUUGAAAGCCAUUCGUCUCAUACUGAAUAAUGAUGGCAUCAGGUUGGCAACACUAUCUUUCAACCAUGGCGACGCGGGCAUCUAUGUUAGUGGGAAGACGAUGCGCAUCUCUGCUAAACUGGGCGAUUUGUCACUAGUUGAUGAUGUCAAUCUUGGGGUGUCAGCGGAUUCAAAUCUCCGGAGGUUGGUUACCAUUCAAGGCGAUGACCUUGCAGACUUCAGGUACGAAACUUUUGAUUCCGAAAACAAGAAGGCAUACCCCGGAUACGAUAGCUCGAUCUUUCUUCGAGCUGGAUCUGUCAAAGUCAACUUUGUCGAAGAGCCAUUCCGCAAGAUUAUCGACUUCCUUGUCAAGUUUGGCAAGAUGCAAGCCUUGUAUAAUGCUGCUCGCCAAGCUGCAAUGAGUAGGGCGAAUCAGAUUCAGCAGAGUCCGAGCAAGAUUAAGUUUGACGUUGUUGUGAAGACGCCAAUCGUUGUAUUUCCGCGUCUAUAUAUGCCUGAUCAAGAGAAAGGAGAUGCCAUCACCGCAUACUUGGGAGAGAUUUAUGCUCAGAAUAAGUUUGUUCCGCUAGACGAUAGUGAACAAGCUGUCAUUGCCAUGAAAAUCUCAGCCGGCAUACGCAACGUCCGCCUCACUUCUGACUUUCACUACUCGGAGGACCGAUCGGAAGAACUCGAAAUGAUUGACGGCGUGGAUCUUGGCUUCAAUAUUACCUACGCGGAACAUAGAGAAGGUGUGAAGCGACCGGAUACUGAAGUAGAGGGGACACUUUCAGAUAUCAAGCUUCGGUUGACGCAGUAUCAACUCAAGGCUCUCAUGGAGAUCUCCAAGUCGGUUCCGGCUGCUUUUGCUGGUGAAGGAGAUGAUUCUGAUGAAGAAGCCGCGCGAAUGGUCGAUGAAAGCACCCUCCAGCGCGCUAGAGCCUCACCUGGUGGCGGCGAAAAUGAUGCUGAUAAGAACCUGAUCGACCUUUCACCGGAGCUCAGUUCGUUGCAAAACGCCUGGACGAAGCUUGAUCUUGUUUUCCGCGUCAACACUGUUGGUCUUGAACUCAUCAUGGCAGAGGAAGAUGAGCCGGUUGGCGAUCUAGGCAAGUCAGGGCUGUCCCGUUUCUCGCUGGAUGAGACAAAGUUCAAAACAAGGAUGCUUUCGGAUGGUUCACUUGAAGCAGAACUAGUCAUUCGGUCUUUCACCAUCUACGACAGCCGCCGACAAGAGACCAAAUACCGACGGAUCAUGACUUCUUCAAACAAGGAAGCGAAGCAGCUCAUGGCUAGUGUGACGAUGUCUGGAGGAAAGGAAAGGAACCUGAUUGCCAUGGCUACCAUUGACAGUCCACGAGUCAUUUUCGCCCUUGACUAUUUGUUCGCAAUACAGAGAUACGUAUCCGAGGGAUUAGCUGUGGAUGACACUAGCCCGAUGGACGACGAAAGUAUUGGGGAAACUAUCGACGAGUCCGACACCGAUUCGAUGCAAGUCACAUACAACGCCCCUGGCACUGAGCGAUCACAGUCCCAACUCUCACGGCAACGCAGCGAGAUGGCCCCAACCAAAUCUCAAAAGCCAAAAGAGGAGUCAACAAUGUCUAUGGCGUUCCGCAUCAAUCUUGUUGAUGCUCAAAUUAUCCUCAUUGCCAACCCACUCGCAUCAAACUCGGAGGCUAUAGUUUUGAGCAUUAGACAGAUGCUACUUUCUAAACAACACGCGCUCACGUUCCAAAUCUCAGAAGUUGGCAUGUUUUUGUGCCGUAUGGACAGAUUUGACGACUCUCGACUUCGUAUCAUUGACGAUUUCUCCAUUCAAUUGAACAUGGACAGCUCUCAAGUUGGGGUUAGCAGCAUUCAUAUUGACGUGGAGCCAUUGAUUUUGCGCCUAUCACUUCGUGAUAUUCUUCUGAUUCUGCAGAUUGUCAGCAGGGCAGGUGAACUGUCUGGAUCAGAGACUAAGGAUCCAGCAGAGACCUCGGCGGAACAGAAAGCAAGGCAAUUACGGAAUGCUGGAUUGAAGUACAAGUCGGCCAGCGGCCGAGGUCGGUCAACAAUUGCCAAGACCAGAGGCACAAAGACCAUUGCUGGUCGGACUAUCCAGCAGCCGGCGAAGCCACAGCCUGCAGCCGCACCGAAUCACGAGGAGCUCUCCGCCACCAUUGAAGGCGUGCGCAUUGUACUGAUCGGCGAUUUGCACGAACUACCCAUUCUGGAUAUCGGCGUAAAAGAGUUUACAGCCACUGCCGAAAAUUGGUCGUCGAAUCUCAAGGCAGAGUCUGCGAUCGACAUGUACUCGAGCGUUUACAACUUUUCCAAGUCUAGUUGGGAACCACUCCUGGAGCCUUGGCAGGUUGGUCUUGGUGUGGCGAAGGACCCAACCUCCGGACUGAUAUCUGUGGACGUGGCAUCGAAGAAAACGUUUGAUAUUACCGUUACUACAGCCUCCAUCGCACUGGCCUCCAAGUCAUUGACCUUCCUGACUACGGAGCAAAACGUCCUAGACAAGCCAAGAGGAGUCGAAGCUCCUUAUCGCAUCAGGAAUUAUACUGGUUUCGACGUGGUUCUGCACUCCAAGAGCCCUAGCAGUGAGGAGCCUAUAACCCUUCGACUUGAAGAUGGUGCCGAGCAACCAUGGAGUUUCGAACACUGGGAGAAGAUGCGAGAAAAUCUUUUGACCGAAUCUAGUCAGAAUGAUGUUGGCAUUCAGCUUGAAGGGAGCGGAUUUGAUCCUGUCAAGAACGUCAGACUCAACAGAGAAGGCGAAUUCUUGUAUAGCCUGCGCCCUAAAACCGAAAAUAUCCUACACCGUCUUUGCGUGGAGGUCAGUUUAGGACCAGACAAUGUGAAGAAUGUCACGUUGCGGUCGCCACUUGUCGUGGAGAACGCAACAGAGAUACCAGUUGAACUUGGUGUUUACGAUGCCCAGCAGGGCCAUUUGCUCAAGAUUGAAAAGAUUGCGCCAGGCGACUCUCGUCCAGCGCCCGUUGGUGCCGUAUUUGAGAAACGUGCUUUGGUCCGACCUGACGGUGGCUUUGGUUACCAAUGGAGCCGUGAUCAGCUCUGGUGGAGAGAUUUGUUGCAGCGACCGACCAAGCAGAUUGUGUGUCAGGGUGAAAAUGGCGACCCAUUCUACUUCCAGGUUCAUGCCCGGUUUGACAGAUCUAAUCCCAUGACGAAGAUAUACCCUCAUAUGAAGAUCAAGUUAUCCGCCCCUGUUACCCUCGAGAACCUUUUACCCUAUGACUUCAAGUACAGAAUUUACGACAAGAACACCAAAAAGGACUGGUCGAAUUUCCUGCGCAAAGGCGGCGUCAGCCCAGUACAUGUUGUGGAACUGUCACACCUCCUAUUGUUGAGCAUCGACAUGCAAGACACCGUCUUCAAACCGAGUGAUUUCUCCAUCAUCAACUCUGGCAAUGUGGAGGAUUUCCGAAAGGAGAGCCGGCUAGUUGUGAAAGAUGACCAGGGGCUACCUUUGAAUCUUGCGUUGCAUUAUUUCAAAAUCCCCAAUAGUGGAGGCGCAUUCAAGGUUACCGUCUACAGUCCUUAUGUCGUUCUCAACAAGACCGGACUCGACCUGCGAAUUCGUAUGAAGAGUUUCUUGCAACAAGCGAAGCCGGCGGCGGGUCAGUUCCCACUUGUUGACACCUCAGACCGCGAGCGACCAAAAGCGUUGCCUUUCAUGUUCUCGUAUGGAAAUGACGACAACCGUAACCGAGCGUUACUCAAGGUUGACGAGUCUGAAUGGAGCAAACCUCAAAGUUUCGAUGCCAUUGGAAGCACGUCUGAAGUUGUCCUAAACUCCGGCUCCAAAAACAAGGAAAUCCAUGUUGGUAUCACGGUCAAAUCCGGCGAAGGAAAGUACAAAAUGACAAAGGUUGUUACUCUGGCCCCUCGAUUCGUGCUGGAAAACAAACUUGGCGAGGAAAUAUUGGUUCGGGAAUCAAGUUCAUCCGGCUACAUGACACUUGAGCCUGGUGCGUUGCAACCCUUGCACUUUAUGCAAAAGUCGCCAGUCAAGCAGCUCUGCCUUUGUUACGCCGGCGUAGAUAACCACUGGUCGUCUCCGUUCAACAUCGCCGACAUUGGUACGACGCAUGUCAAAAUAGCAAAGACUGGUCAACGCCAGAGAUUGGUCCGAGUUGAAAUUCUCCUAGAGGAUUCAACCAUCUUCCUUCACCUGAGCAUGGAAACCAAGAACUGGCCGUUCUCUAUGCGCAAUGAAAGUGACACAGAGUUCACCUUCUACCAGGCCAACCCGAAUGUUGACGAGGACGAUGUUGAGGACCGAAGCGGUUGGCGGCCGAUCCGGUAUAGGUUGCCUCCUAGAAGCAUCAUGCCGUAUGCGUGGGAUUUUCCAGCGGCCAAAUUCCGCGAAGUGGUCAUCGCGACAGGCAAUAAGGAGCGUCAUGUCAAGUUGGCUGAGAUUGGUAACCAGAUACCCAUGAAGUUCAUUGCGACGUCUGGCCAGCAGAAAAUUAUCGACAUCAAUGUCGCGGCCGAUGGGCCGACCCAGACACUGAUUCUGAGCAAUUUUCGACAAAGCAGAAGCAUGUACAAGCCCAAGGCUCUUUCGAGAACCAACACGGGCCCAGAAGCAUUCGAAGUCAAGGACCAAGAUACAGGUGCAACAUUCCGAGCCCAGCUCAAGCUGUCGGGCAUUGGCAUUUCCUUGGUCAAUGCUCAACUGAAGGAGCUUGCUUACAUCACGUUCAGAGAUGUUCAAUUGCGAUUUAGCGAUUCGCCACUAAUUCAAACAGUAUCGCUUGCUGUGAAAUGGAUGCAGAUUGACAAUCAAUUGUACGGUGGCAUCUUCCCUAUGGUCCUGUACCCCAGUGUGGUGCCGAAGAAGGCAAAUGAAGUGGACGCCCAUCCCUCACUACAUGCAAUGGUCAGCCGCGUGAAGGACGAUUCAUAUGGCGUGACCUAUAUCAAAUAUGCCACCAUUCUCCUCCAACAAAUGACGGUAGAAAUGGAUGAGGACUUUGUAUUUGCGCUGCUGGAUUUCUCCAACGUGCCUGGCGCUAGCUGGACAAUGGUGGAGGAGGAAGGCAAGCUGUGCGACGAGGAUUUGGACAUCCCAGAACCCUCGCAACAACAGGGUGGACAAGACAUGUACUUUGAGGUGCUCAACAUCCAGCCCAUGCAGAUUGACCUGAGCUUCAUGCGAACUGAACGCAUCAAUGCGGAAGACAAGACGUCAUCACGGAAUCCCAUCAUGUUCUUCCUCAACGUCAUGACGAUGGCCAUUGGAAACGUCAACGAUGCGCCAAUUCGAUUCAACGCCCUCAUGCUGGAUAAUGUACGAGUCUCAACACCGGUGCUUAUACAAAACAUUUCAAACCACUACAGCCAAGAGGUUAUGUAUCAGAUUCACAAGAUUCUCGGGUCUGCCGACUUCCUCGGCAACCCCGUGGGACUUUUCAACAACAUCUCUUCUGGUGUCACUGAUAUCUUUUACGAACCGUACCAAGGCCUUAUUCUCUCAGACAAGCCAGAGGAAUUUGGCAUUGGUAUAGCAAAGGGUGCUGCUUCAUUCGCAAAGAAGACAGUGUUUGGCUUCAGUGACAGCUUCUCCAAGUUCACUGGCAGUUUGAGCAAAGGUCUUGCAGCAGCAUCGCUAGACAAGCAAUUCCAGGAUCGGAGACGCAUUACGAAAGCAAGGAACCGGCCGAAGCAUGCACUUACUGGUGUCACAGCGGGCGCAAAUUCUUUGUUUACAAGUGUUGCGUCAGGAGUGGGCGGUCUAGCGAGAAAGCCUCUUGAAGGCGCAGAACAAGAAGGAGCGCUCGGUUUUUUCAAGGGAGUCGGAAAGGGAGUACUUGGUCUGGCAACCAAGCCUGCUGUUGGUGUUUUGGACAUGGCGAGCAAUGUGAGCGAGGGCAUUCGCAAUACUACCACAGUUUUUGAUGGUCAGGAGCUUGACCGCACACGAUUCCCACGGUUUAUCCCCAAUGACGGCAUCGUGAGACCAUACAACAGCCGCGAGGCAAUGGGACAGUACUGGCUGAAGCAAGUCGACAAUGGACGAUACUUUGACGAGCAAUAUAUUGGACAUCUGGAGCUGCCCAAGGAAGAUAUGGUCGUCAUGGUCACGUUUUCUCGAAUACUGCUUAUUAGGUCUAAACGACUAACUAGUGAGUGGGACGUGCCUCUAAAGGAUAUUCAGACAAUAGCCAAGGAGCGAACUGGCGUGAGUCUUGUGUUGAGAGGGGGAGCAAAUGGCCCGUUUGUUCCGGUCGGAGGAGGCAGCGAGAGAGCGUUCUUGUACAAGAUGAUUGGUAUUGCGGUGGAAGAGUUCAAUCGCAGGUUCCGAGGAGGAGAGUAA